CUCCAUCGCCUCCUGCCACAGUUUCAAGCUUCCUCGCAUGGACACGGUGUAAAUACUGUGUUGCCAGGUUGGAUGGAAAUCCCCCUUUCUUAGCGGCAGACUGAGCAGCGCUGUGGCGCAUUCCCGGCAUGCCAACAGCAGCUUAAUACGAUGGAUUAAAGGACCCGGAUCUGGACCCCGCGAAGAUCACAACAAUCAACCGGAACGGAUUUCAAAACCCGGAGACACGGCCAUGGCCGACGAAGAGGAGAGAAGGGCGUUUAUUCAUUGAAUGUAUCCCCCCGGAGAAGUGUGACCGUUUAUAGUGAGGGUUGGUCAGAUGUCAAGACUAGGAAGACAAAGCGGUGGAUUUAAGAAAUAAAAUAAAACAUUCACAACAUCCGCUUCCUCGUUCCCCCUCCGGAGGUUGGCCGGGGCCUGACAUCAUUGGCUGCUCGUUGGGAUGAAUCAUCGCCUUCAUCAGGGGGGGUCAGGGAUGCUGCCGCUGUCACUGCGACCUUAGAACAAGCCACCACGGACCAAAACCCGCACGGCGUGUCUCUGGGCCACGAGUUCCUAACCCCGCCUGUCCCUGUUUUUUUGGAGCCAGCAUGGAGGAAAUCCUGCGAAAGCUGCAGAAAGACGCGUCCGGCCACAAGCACAAGGCUAUCCGCGACGCCUGCGUCUACGCCCGCGAAACCCUGGAGUCUCCGAAUGGAUCAGCCAAGAUUUCCCCCUCACAACUCCGAGAGCGCUGUCUGCUGCCUCUUCAGAUGGCUCUGGAGUCUAAAAGCACCAAACUGGGACAGACGGCGCUUACUGGAAUGCAGAAGCUCCUGUGCGAGGACAGGUUUUUGGGGGGAGUCGGCAUGGAGGUGGAGGUCCUGGAGAAACAGCUGCUCAGCCAGAUGUUGGAGGCCAUCAGAGUCACCCCGUCCCUCCAUGAAGACCUGCAGGUGGAAGUCAUGAAGGUCCUGCUGUGUAUCACCUACUCGCCAAACUUUGACAUUAAUGGAGACUCCAUCCUCCGGAUUGCUGAGGUGUGUAUCGAGACCUACGUGUCCAGCUGUCACCAUCGCAGCAUCAACACGGCGGUCCGAGCCACGCUGAGCCAGAUACUGGGAGACCUGACACUGCAGCUGCGACACAGACAAGAGGGUGCAGAUGGAGACGAAGUGACUGCUCCGCCAAUGCAUAGAAGAGAUGUGUCUCCGACCAGCCAGGCCCUGUGUGACGAUGUGGUGACAGUUCUCACAGUUUUCUGUGAAAAACUGGAGUCUGUGGACAGUGAUAACCAGCUCCUGCAGCUGCUCUACCUGGAGUGCCUCCUCUCCAUGCUCAGCAGCUGUCCUCCCACAAUGCACCUGUCCAGAGGUUUCACCGACCUCGUAUGGAAGCAGCUGUGUCCGUCCCUCGUGGCCAUCAUGGGGAAUCCUGUCAACGACAAAACCAUCGCCUCCCACCACGGCUACAUGGGGGCGCCGGAGCGCCUCUCUGAUAGACUCAGUCUAGGAAUCAGCCAAGAGGUGGACUGCUUUGGUGGGGGGGUAGCCGAUCAAGGCAGAGGGUCGGGCUGUUCCUCCAGCGCCCCCGCCAGGAUAGCGCCGGUAGUGCGGACGGUGUGUUACAUCGCGGCGGAGCUGGUGCGUCUGGUGAGCUGCGUGGAGUCGAUGAAGCCCGUGCUGCAGUCGCUCUACCACCGGAUCCUGCUGUACCCGCCGCCCCAGCACCGCACCGAGGCCAUCCGCAUCAUGAAGGAGAUUCUGGGCAGUCCUCAGCGGCUGUACGACCUGGCCGGUCCGUGCGUGGCGGAGCCUGAAACCAGGAAGCGUUCCUUCUCAAAGAGGAAGUCCCACCUGGACCUGCUGAAACUGGUGAUGGACGGGAUGACUGAGGCCUGUAUGAAGGGAGGCAUCGAGGCGUGUUACUCCUCAGUGUCCUGCGCCUGCGCUCUCCUCGUGGCGCUGGACGAACUGUCGAAGGGUCACGGCAUCCAAUCCGAGCAGGCUCGGCUUCUGCUGAGACGACUGGACGAUCUGAAGGACGGGGCCGAGUCCACGCGCGAGUCCAUGGAGAUCAACGAGGCCGACUUCAGGUGGCAGAGACACAUCCUGUCCUCGGAGCAGGGUCCCUGGGACCCUGCCUCCAUCUCCUCUAAUGCGGCCACUGAGCGCAGCCCCGACAUCAGCAUCAGCAUCACCACGGAAACGGGCCAAACCACCGUGGAUGUGGAUGUGGAGGUGGGGGAGAUGGGCGCGGAUCUGGGCCACACCACACCCGAGGAGUGUGACGAGGACGCACGCCUCACCUCGCCCUCCGUCUGUGGCGGCCGGGAGGGGGCCGAGCGCGAGCCGAGCCUCGAGGUGAAGCAGGGGAGCCAACGGGAGGAGGAAGGGGGUGCGAGGGAGGCCGAGGGAAGAGGAGAGAAAGAACGAGGGGGUGCUGGUGGGGGCGGAGAGGAGAGAGGAGCAGUGGUUCCUCCAGAUGUGGUGCAGCGAAGCCACGGCCUUGUCUACCCCGACAUCACCAACUUCCUGUCUGUGGAGUCGAGAACCAAGCCGCACCACGCAGGGGGGUCCCGAUACAGCGAGAGCAACUUCAGCAUGGAGGAGCAGGACCUGUCCCGGACAGAGUUUGACUCGUGUGACCAGUACUCCAUGGCCGCCGAGAAGGACUCGGGCCGCUCCGACGUGUCCGACAUCGGCUCCGACAACGUCUCGCUGGCUGACGAGGAGCAGCAGACGCCCCGCGACUGCCCGGGCCACCGCUCCCUGCGCACCGCCGCGCUGUCCCUCAAACUGCUCCGCAACCAGGAGGCGGACCAGCAGAGCGCCAGGCUGUUCGUCCAGUCGCUCGCAGCGCUGCUGCCCCGGCUGCUGGGACUGGCCACGGCCACGGAGGUGGACCUGUCGCUGCAGAACUUCUCCUCCACCUUCUGCUCCGGACUGCAGGCCGGUGGGAUCCACUCUCCGGGUUUUGAGAGCGGCGACACGCUGAGCUGUCAGUCUCUGAUGAACGCAGACGGCCUCUACCUGGUGUCCUACUACGCCCUCCUGCUCAACCUCAAGCUCUGCUGCUGCGACUUCUACCGGCGGCGGACGCUCGCCCCCGUCCUCAGCCUGAAGGAGUUUGUGCGUCUGAUCCAGAGCAGCGGGGUCCUCGUGGUUCUGUCUCAGGCCUGGAUCGAGGAGCUCUACCACCAGGUGUUAGAGCGUAACCUGCUGGGCGAGGCCGGGUACUGGGGCUCACCGGAAAACCACUCACUGCCCCUCAUCACCAUGCUCACAGAUAUAGACGGGCUGGGCAGCAGCGCCAUCGGAGGCCAGCUGAUCAGGAGGGCGUCCAGCCAAUCACCGCUCAGCUGUGGCAAGGCCGGCAGCGACACUGCGAUGGCAGGAGCUGUGUUCUCCCGCUUCAUCCUCACCGGCGUAUGGAAGAACUUGAUGGACGUGCUGUCCACGCCGCUGACGGGCCGAAUGGCGGGCAGCUCCAAGGGCCUGGCGUUCAUCCUGGGAGCGGAGGGGGUCAAAGAGCAGAGCCAGAGGGAGAGAGACACCAUCUGUCUGAGUCUGGACGGCCUGCGCAAAGCUGCCGCGCUCAGCUGCGCCCUCGGCGUGGCGGCCAACUGUGCCUCAGCGUUGGCCCAGAUGGCCGCAGCCUCCUGCGUGCAGGAAGAAAAAGAGGAGAAGGAGGUGGGAGAGAUGGGCGACGCCAUCACACAAGUGAAGCAGCGUGUUGAGCAGCGUCUGGAGCAGAUGGGUCGUCCUCAGGGAGUUCGCCUCCACACGGCUCAUGUGUUGUGUAUGGACGCCAUUCUGAACGUAGGACUGGAGAUGGGGAGCCAUAAUCAUGACUGCUGGCCGCAUGUCUUCAGGGUGACUGAGUACAUCAGCUCGUUGGAGCACAGCCACUUCAGCGACGGCUCAGCCCAGCCGUCCUCUCUGACCCCCAUCAGCCAGCAGAGCCAGCAGGCCGCCGGCGUGGACCUGGGCAUGGAGCUGAGCUGCGAGCCCAGCCCGGAGGCCUCGGAGCUGGGCCUGAGCCAGCCCGUCAUCCAGCCUCUGUCCAUCCAGGAGCUGCUGAGGGAGAGCAGCCGGGGCAGAGGGCUGGAGCUGAAGAGCGGCAGCCUGAUGACGGGUACCAGCGCUGCCAAGGCUGUGUGCACGCUGUCAACACAGACUGACAGAUUACAAGCUGAACGUGGCGAGGCCAAGUCGACGCUGGACCGACGCAGCGCCCUGCAUCUCUUUCGCCUGGGCGAGAGCAUGCUGAGGAUCGCCAUGAACAAGAACCGCCCUCUGCUGCACAUGAUGAGGGCCUGGAGCGUGGUGGCCCCACACCUGGUCGAGGCGGCAUGUCACAAGGAGCGCCACGUAUCCCAGAAGGCCGUUUCCUUCAUCCAUGACGUUCUGACGGAGGUGCUGACGAGCUGGGCGGAGCUUCCACACUUCCACUUCAACGAGGCGCUGUUCAGGCCCUUCGAGCACAUCAUGCAGCUGGAGCUGUGUGACGAGGACGUACAGGACCAGGUGAUAACGUCCAUAGGCGAGCUGGUGGAGAUGUGCUCUCCUCAGAUCCUGUCCGGGUGGAGGCCUCUGUUCAGCGCGCUGAGGACCGUCCACAGCAGCAAGACCGACACCAAAGACUACCUGCUGGGAGAAUACUCCAUGGGGAAGUCCCAGGCUCCCGUGUUCGAUGUCUUCGAGGCCUUCAUCAACACCGACAACAUCCAGGUGUUUGCCAACGCUGCCACCGACUACAUCAUGUGCCUCCUGAAGUUUGUCAAAGGCUUAGGAGAGGUGGACUAUAAGGAGAUCGGAGACUGCGUCCAUGCGUCGGGUUACAGCUCCACCGACCUCUGCCUGCCUGCGCUCGACUAUCUCCGCAAAUGUUCGCAGCUGCUGGCAAAGAUCUACAAGAUGCAGUCCAAGCCGGUGUUCUUGGGGGCGCGGCUUGCCAGCCUGCCAAUGAGAUCGCAGGAGCGCUCUGUCAGCAAUGAGGACGGCAUGGACUGCGUCCUGCAGGAGUUUGAUGAUGACACAGGGCUGAUCCAGGUGUGGAUUUUGUUGCUGGAGCAGCUCACAGCAGCGGUGUCCAACUGUCCUCGCCAACACCAACCUCCGACCCUGGAGCUGCUCUUCACUCUGCUCAGAGAGGUCACCACCGUGCCAGGUCCGGGGUUUGCCAUCUUCGCCGUCAUCCAGCUGCUGCUUCCCGUGAUGUCUCUGUGGCUGCAGCGUAGCCACGGUGACCACUCCUACUGGGAUGUGGCGGCUGCCAACUUCAAACACGCCAUCGGCCUGUGCUGCGAGCUGGUGGUGGAGCACGUCAACAGUUUCAUACACUCAGAUAUUGGUUACGAGUCUUUGAUCAACCUGAUGUUGAAAGACCUGUUCAAGCUUCUGGUGGCCUGUGUGUCUGAGCCUGCAGAGACCAUCUCCAGAGUGGGCUGCUCCUGCAUCAGGUAUAUUUUGGUCACAGUGGGUCCAGUGUUCACAGAAGAAAUGUGGCGGCUGGCCUGCUGUGCUCUGCAGGACGCUUUCUCUGCUACGCUAGAGCCGGUCAAGAAUCUUCUGGCAUGUUUCCACAGCGGUUCAGACAGUUUUUCUGGAGACGCCUGUGAGGUGAAGGUGGCCGCUCCGUCCCACUCUGCUGCAGCAGAGGCGGAGUACUGGCGGAUCAAGGCAAUGGCUCAGCAGGUCUUUAUGUUGGACACCCAGUGCUCUCCGAAGACGCCCAACAACAAGGAGGGCUUUGAGCACGCUCAGUCCUGCGUUCUCAUCAUCGAGCUGCCGACAGACCAGCAGGCCAAUGGACACACACAGAAGAGAAUCCCCUUCAGGACCAUCGUGGUGAGCCUGCUGUCCCAUCAGGUCCUGCUCCAAAACCUCUACGACAUCCUGCUGGAGGAGUUCGUCAAGCAUCCCGACGGAACGGAAAGUGUCACCCCUGUGACCUCUGACCCCAGCCGGGCCACGGCAGGCUUCCUGCGCUACAUUUCCAUGACUAAUUUAGCCAUAAUCCUGGAUCUGCUGCUGGACUCUUACAGGACAGCGCGGGACUUUGACACCCGACCUGGUCUGAAGUACCUGCUGAUGAAGGUGUCGGGGGUUUGUGGCGCAGCUAAUCUUUACCGUCAGUCCGCCAUGAGCUUCAACCUGUACUUCCAGGCCCUGCUGUGUGCCACACUGAGCCAGGCCGACAGCAUGACCGCACAGCAGGUGAAGAGGAUGCUGUUUGAGGAUGAGGAGGGGAGCUCUGACUCUUCUCACCCUGGCUCUGCUUCCUCAGAGGAUGAAGACAUCUUUGAAGAAACAGCGCAGGUCAGCCCUCCCCGCGGCCGGGAUAAGCGCCACCACUGGCGGGCGCCCGUCCCUUCCCUCAGCGUGCAGCCGCUGAGCAGCGCGGACUGGGCCUGGCUGGUCAAGCGCCUCUACAAGCUCUGCAUGGAUCUGUGCAACAGCUACAUUCAGAUGCACCGCGACCUGGAGAGCACGCUGGAGGACAUGGCGCUGCUGAGGGGAGGACCGGGAGGCGGGGGGGAUCACAUCUUCUUCCUGCCCCUCUACCAGUCGGAGACUUCCACACCAACAUCGGCGGGCGGGCUGUCGGCGCAGGGGACGCCGUCGGAAGAAGGCGGGUACAGGUGUCAGGCGGCGGACAGGGCAGCGUCGCCGGCGGACACGCCCACACCCAGCCCAGGAUUCAGCUGCACGGGCAGUCUGCCCAACCAGUUUAGGUCCGGCAGCGAGAGGAGGGACUCCAGCCUCACAGGAAGCUCUGCAGGCGCAGCUCCUGUCAGCGCCGGACCGGGUAGGAGAAAGGAAUGGUGGGAAAGCGCCGGCAACAAACUGUACACCAUCGCCACGGACAAAACCAUCAGCAAGCUGAUGAUGGAGUACAAACGCAGGAAACAGCAGCAGCCGCCGCAGCAGAGCCACGUCAACCUGUUUAUGAAGGAGCAGGGCCGUGCAGCGGGGUCAGCAGGAGGAGUAGGAGGUGGGGGCGGGGAGAGGAGGUCCCCCAUGGAGCCACAAAGGGCCCCUCAGAGGCCCCAACAUCUGGUGGACCAACAGGGUCCCGCUCUGAGGCACUCGGUCAGUGCAGGGCCGGAGGUUCUGAGGCAGGAUAAGAGACCCCGGUCAGGAUCCACCAUCAGCUCCCACAGCAUCUCACUGAGGGACUCGGAGGCUCAGAUACAGGCGUGGACCAACAUGGUCUUGACUCUCCUCAACCAGGUCCUCCUGCUGUCAGAUUCCUCCUUCCUGGCGCUCCAGCCGGCGCUCUACCCCUGCCUCAGCCAGCUGUCCUGCCACGUGACCGACGCCCGCGUCCGCCAGGCGCUGCGCGAGUGGCUGGGCCGCGUCGGCCGGCUCUACGACAUCGUCGUGUGACACUGCAGCAGAGAAGUGGAAAAAAAAAACACCGGGCGAAAGAGCGCAGUCUGUCGGUCAGUGAAGGUCGUAAACAGAUGAAUUAGAUUGGUUUGAUGCCGUCCGUGCGGCGGCGCCGCUGUGCGGUAGAUUGUAAAGGGUUUGAUUGGCAGAUGAUGCAACGCAAAGGCAGACUGUGACAUCAUAAUGUCCCAAUACAACUGGUGGAACAAGCGAUAAA